UAUGGUACAGUUGUCAGUUGUUUAUUUUGUUUUGUCAGCGGUUGUCACGUCAUUAAAUUUUAGCAUAGAAUUUUAAAAGACCAAUUCUCAAGAUUUGUUAAAAGACCUGUUAAAAUGACUUCGUUGCGACAAAGGCAUAAAGAUGCUAUACGACAAAUGUUGAAUUUAAACCAACCCUUGCCGAAAUCUGGAUCUGCAGAACCUUCUUGGAAAGUAUUGGUAUAUGAUAGAAUUGGACAAGACAUUAUUUCUCCCCUUAUUUCGGUAAAGGAAUUACGUGAGCAAGGCGUAACGUUAUUUGUGCAAUUGCACUCUGAUCGGGAUGCUAUACCCGACGUACCGGUAGUAUACUUUUGUACCCCAACAGAAGAAAAUUUGGGUAGAAUUAAACAGGAUUUCCAAAAACAUAUCUAUGAUAUUUAUCAUCUAAAUUUUAUUUCACCUAUUUCAAGAGCCAAACUAGAAGAUCUAGCUUCUGCAGCUAUAGAAACUAAUUGUGUGGCAAAUAUUCACAAGAUAUAUGAUCAAUAUGUUAAUUUUAUAUCACUUGAAGAUGAUAUGUUUAUGCUUAGACACCAGAAUAGUGACACUCUCUCAUAUUAUGCAAUAAACAAAGGUGACGUUGGAGAUAAUGAGAUGGAAAGUAUUAUGAAUACAAUUGUUGAAUGUUUAUUUUCAGUUUUUGUAACAGCAGGCACUGUUCCAAUAAUAAGAAGUCCUAAAGGAAAUGCAGCAGAGAUGGUUGCAAAAAAAUUGGAUAAAAAGUUAAAAGAUAAUUUAUUUGAUGCAAGAAAUAAUCUGUUCUCUGUUGAUACACAGGCAGGAAAUUUUAAUUUCCAUAGACCGCUACUUAUCAUAUUAGAUAGAAAUGUGGAUAUGGCCACUCCAUUACAUCACACAUGGACGUAUCAGGCGUUAGCACACGAUCUCCUGGAUUUGGCAUUGAACCGAUUAGUUGUGGAAGAGUCCAUACCAAAAGGAGGAGUAAGACCGAAACACAAAUCCUACGAACUCGACUCGAAAGACAAAUUUUGGGGCAAUCACAAAGACUCGCCAUUUCCGAACGUGGCCGAAGCCAUUCAGGAGGAGUUGGAGCACUACCGCUCCUCGGAGGAAGAAGUCAAGAAACUAAAGUCAUCAAUGGGAAUAGACAACGAGAACGAGAUGGCAGUAUCAAUGGUUUCAGACAACACUGCUAAAAUUACAUCAGCAGUACAAUCUUUGCCACAACUGCUGGAGAAGAAAAGAUUGAUUGAUAUGCACACCUCGAUUGCUACAGCAAUAUUAAAUAUAAUCAAGUUGAGAAAAUUGGAUACGUUUUUCGAGUUGGAAGAAAAAAUAAUGAGCAAGACACAACAACUGGAAAAAUCGAUAUUGGACAUUAUCUCCGAUGCCGAAAUAGGAAGUCCCGAUGAUAAAAUGAGACUAUUUAUAAUUUAUUAUAUUUGUACCGCUCACUUGUCUGAAUUGGAUCUAAAAAAAUUUGAAAAUGCCUUGGUCGGCGCGGGGUGCGAUUUAAGUCCUUUGGCAUAUAUCAAAAGAUGGAAGAGUUUUACAAAAAUGGUUAGCGGAAGUAUUAAUCAGUAUGAAGGUGCCGGUACCAAGACAGUCAGUAUGUUUUCCAAGUUGGUUUCGCAAGGUUCAAAUUUCGUAAUGGAGGGCGUAAAAAAUUUGGUAGUAAAGCGACAUAAUUUGCCCGUGACGAAAAUUGUCGACCAUUUGAUGGACUUUAAAAAUAGCCACGAAACGGAGGACUACCAUUACUUCGAUCCCAAACAAUUGAAAUUGACGGAAGUGCCUAAGAACAGGUCGCCAUUUCAAGAGGCUAUCGUUUUCAUAGUAGGCGGCGGAAAUUACAUUGAGUACCAAAAUUUGGUAGAGUAUGCUAAGGCAAAAACAGCAGCUGGGAAUAUUAAAAGGAUAACAUAUGGCGCAUCUACACUGAAUAAUGCUAAUCAAUUUUUAAAGCAACUUUCGUUAUUGGGCCAAGAAUUGUAGUUUAUAAGUUUUAUAAAUUUCUAUAAUGUAUAUAGUUAAAUUUUAAUGUAAUGUUAUGGGUAAAACAACCAAUUUUGAAAUAAAUAUACAUCAGUGAGGUUUUAUAUUUAAAGUGUUA